AUGGGACAAGAGAAACGGGGGGACUUUUGUGAAGGCUCGAUGAGCGGAUACGACGGAAGGCUUCGGGAGCCGAGGUCUUGGCUGUCGAAGCCCUCUCUGACGACGUGGCAGCUGGACCACAUUGUUGAACCGAGAAAGCCUGGACGUAUCAAAAUACCAAAUCUUUGCAUUUGCGGCGUCUCGACCGUCUCUUUUACGGCGCCACUCGCCUACCCCUCGGAACCUACUAACGUCUUCAACCAAUGGGUAAAAUCUAGUUCUCGCGGACUUGAUCGCUCACUCUCGCCAGUCAACAGGUGGACAUAUCUUCCGUUUCGGCCCCCUGUUCUUCGCAUACGGAUCAGCAACAUGGCAUACUUUAACGCCAUCGCCAUCGCCACCGCACACGAGACCCAGAUCCGCCAGUACAUAGAGGCGCUAAAGGAUGUGGUUUUCGAGUGUCUCGCCCCCGACUGGCUCUUCCAAAUGAAGGGAUACGACGCGCGGCAGUUCAUGGAAAGGUUCCAAAACGAACUCGAGCUUGUCAGGACCGCCCAGGCCUUGUACGAGAAAGGAAGCCGCAGGACGAGUUCCAUCAUCGCGACCCUGGAUCGCGAGGGCCGAUUCGCCACCCUCGGGGAAGGCAUUGUCCCGCCCGUGUUUCCCCGUACGCCGCCUGCGCCGUUCGCGCCUUUCACCGUCGUCCGUCGUCGCCGUGUGCCGCCCCCGGAUUCGGACGAGGUACCUCCCAUGCCUCCUCAUCCUCCUCCUCCUCCUCCUCCUCCUCCUCCUCCUCCUCCUCCUCCUCCUCCUCCUCCUCCUCCUCCUCCUCCUCCUCCUCCCCCUCCCCCCCUGGAUACCGUCGUCGGCCCAGCCAACCCCCUUACCCGCUUCCUGAGUCGCGACGGCGAGACCUACGCCCACAUCAUGACCAGGUCCUUCGAGGCGCUGAGUUGCGCCAACCGGCUCGAGACCGUGGACCACCUUCUCCAGCUGGCGGUCCUGAUCGCCUGGCUUGUGCUUCGGGCCGAGCACCUGAAGGCGACCCUCUUUCGGGCGACGGGCGGGCUCUGGGGGACGACGCGAUUAGGGUCGGGCGGCAGGCUGUGGAGGCAGGCAUUCGUCACUGGCCUGAGAUCUAGGGACGUCGACGUGAUUGAGGAUGCCAGGGGCAUGCUGCAGGAAGCGUACGACGAGGUUGAGUUUGAAUGGCGCCGUGUUAUGCAGGAAUCCGUCGUUGAUUUGGUGGCCGACGACGAGGACGAUGAGGACGACGGAGCAUACGGAGGGGACGACGAAGAGGAAGCCGAAGCCGAAGCCGAAGACGGCCUGGGACAAUCACUGUGGGCACAAGAACCGUCGCAAGAGGAUAGUGUACCAUGGCUUGAGAUGGUGGAGCAAACACGCGUAUUUCAGCUUCGGAGGCCCUUCACUCUUCAGACUGUUAUUGGGCAUCCGCGAGAAAGCGAGAGGAAGAGGGAAGGAGACGACGAUAAGGAGAAUGUGGCGCCUCCUGAAUCGAGGAAACCCCAGAUAUACGCCCUCUUCUUCUUACUUCCAGUACUGCUCUACCUCGGCUUGAGCUCCCCCCACGCAUCCCUCGAACAGCAAUCCCUGCCUGACUGA